UUUCAAUCUCUUCGUCUCUCGUUCGCAGCAUUCUCACAUCUGCAUUUCAAGCCUGCAUUCAAUACUUGGUUAUCUUACUCUCCAUACCCUCUGGUUGACACCCUCCCCAGUCUUCACCACGGUCGAUCUCCCCCCACGUGUAUACUUCCCCUCUCCCUGUAUACUCCUCCACCAUGAGCUCCAACUCUACAACCGAUAAUCCGUCUUGGACCGUCGAUUCCGCCCUCUCCACCCUCCCCCAACCGCUCGAAGAAAACUCCACCUCCCCGAUCCCCUUCUUCCACCUCCUCGGACUCCUCAAGACCACCAAGCGCGAAGGAUGGCGCCGCUUCGGCAUCAACUCGGGUGAAUCCGUCUCCGACCACAUGUACCGCAUGUCCAUGAUGACGAUGCUCGCCCCGCCCAGCCUGGCGGCACGCCUCAACCUGCCCCACUGCAUGAAGAUGGCCCUGGUCCACGACAUGGCGGAGUCCCUGGUCGGCGACAUCACGCCCGCCGACGGAGUCGACAAGCCCGAGAAAGCCCGCCGCGAAGCGGACACCAUGAACUACAUCUCCAACACGUUGCUGGGCGGCGUGCCCGGUGGGAUGCUCACGGGCCCGGAGAUCCUGAAGGUCUUCCAGGAGUACGAGGACAACGAGACGCUCGAGGCCCAGUUCGUCCACGACGUCGACAAGAUGGAGCUGCUGCUGCAGAUGGUCGAGUACGAGCAUGCCCACGCCAUCGAUCUCACGGAGUUCUGCCACGUCGCGGCCCGCAUCACCCUCCCCGAGACCAAGGAGUGGGCGGCGGCCGUGAUGCAGGAGCGGGAGGCGUUCUGGAAGAAGCAGCGGGCGAGCACGGAGACGAAUGGAGUUACUCACUCAUAAUCGGGUGAUCCGGGUCUAGCGAUACGGCGUUGAUGUGUUACGGCUGCAUUUCGGGUUUCGUUUUGUGUAUGGGUCUGGACUAUGACUGGAGAUGACAGAUCAAAG